AUGGCUUUUGAGUUGAAGAUUGCGGCAAAGUCACCUUUGGUGGACUAUGCCUCGUUGAUUGCUGCUACUACGGCUAAUGCGAAAUCUGCUACCGCCGUCAAAAUCGAGUUUGUGGAUGACAAGACCGUUGAUGGUAAGGCUUCUGCCUUGCUGGCGUCAGGUGACAAGACUUUUAUUUCAACAGCUGAAAUUUUGAAUGCUCUUGCUGACGCAUUCCCAGCUGCCCUUCCUGCGAAGGAAGAAUCUCAAGAGUGGAUCACUUUGUCGCAAGAUGUACUGUCUUUGAAAGACUUCAAAAAGUUGUCUGAAGGCUUGGAGAAAUUGGAGACCCGCUUGAACUUCCGUUCUUAUCUGGUUGGUUAUUCCAUCAGUAUGGCCGAUGUCGCUGUUUGGGGUGCUUUGAGAGCCAACCCACUCAUGGGUUCAGUUAUCAAGAAUGCCACCUUCAUCAACGUUGCCAGAUGGUACACCUUUGUCGAGACCUUCCCAUCUUUCGGUGAGUCUGUAGUGUCCAUGACCAAGUCUGUUGCUGAGUUGCGUAAGCAGGCUAAGAUUGCAGCCCCAGCGAAGAAGGAGGGCCACAAGGCCAACUUUGAGAUCAAUCUUCAGGAUGCGAAGAUGGGUGAGGUCGUCACGAGAUUCCCUCCAGAGCCUUCUGGAUACCUUCACAUUGGCCACGCCAAGGCUGCCAUUUUGAAUAGAUACUUUGCGGACAUGUACAAGGGUAAGAUGAUCAUCAGAUUCGAUGACACCAACCCUUCGAAGGAGAAGGUUGAGUUCCAAGACUCUAUCAUUGAGGAUCUACAGCUUUUGGGUAUCAAGGGUGAUAAGAUUACAUACUCGUCCAAUUACUUCGACAAGAUGUAUGAACUUGCUGUUCAGCUCAUCAAGGAGGGUAAGGCAUACUGUGACGACACACCUCUAGAGAAGAUGAGAGCAGAGAGAAUGGACGGAAUAAAGUCUGAAAGACGUGACAGGACCAUCGAGGAGAACUUGCAGUUGUUCACCGAGGCAAUGAAGAAUGGAACCGAGGAAGGUUUGAAGAACUGUGUCAGAGCCAAGAUUGACUACACAUGUCCUAACAAGACCAUGCGUGAUCCAGUCAUCUAUAGAUGUAAUCUGACUCCUCACCACAGAACCGGUUCCACCUGGAAGAUGUACCCAACUUAUGACUUCUGUGUUCCAGUCGUGGAUGCUCUUGAGGGUGUUACCCAUGCCUUGAGAACGAUCGAAUACCGUGAUCGUAAUGCCCAGUACGACUGGUUCCUGAAGGCUCUGAACCUGAGAAAGGUUCACAUCUGGGAUUUCGCUCGUGUCAACUUCGUCCGUACUCUGCUCUCUAAGCGUAAGCUGCAGUGGUUCGUAGACAAGAAGUACGUUGGUAACUGGGAUGAUCCAAGAUUCCCAACUGUCAGAGGAGUUAGAAGAAGAGGUAUGUCUGUGGAAGGUCUGUGGAACUUCGUCAUUUCUCAGGGUCCCUCGAGAAACAUCAUUAACCUUGAUUGGAGUAUCAUUUGGGCCAUCAACAAGAAGAUCAUUGAUCCAAUUGCUGCAAGACACACUGCCAUCGAUGCUGAGAAUGCAGUCAAGGUCCACUUAACCAAUGCCCCAGCUAAGACUGUUGAGAAGAAGCCCAAGCACAAGAAGAAUCCUGAUGUUGGUGUCAAGGAUGUCAUUUAUGCUCCUGAUAUUCUCUUAGAUCAGAGCGAUGCAGUUGCUCUUGAGGUUGGAGAGGAAGUUACGCUGAUGGACUGGGGUAACUGUAUCAUUGAGAAUGUCAACAAGAACAACUCAGGAGUUGUCACUUCCAUCGAGGCCAAGCUGCACUUGGAGGGAGACUUCCGUAAAACCUCGAAGAAGCUUACUUGGCUCGCGGAUACUGAUGACAAACUGGAGGCUGAUCUGGUUGAUUUUGACCAUCUUAUUACCAAGGACAAGUUGGAUGAUGGUGACAACUUUGAAGACUUCUUGACACCAGUGACAGAAUUUCACUCCAAGGCAAUUGUCGACUUGAAUAUCAAGGACAUGAAGGUUGGCGAUGUCAUUCAAUUUGAAAGAAAGGGUUACUACAGACUUGACUCGAACAAUGAUGGGAAGUUCAUCUUCUUCACCAUUCCAGAUGGUAAGACCGUCAACAAGUACGGUGCUAAAUAA